AUGCUUGACCACAUUGGCAUCACCGUUCCGACAUCGCGUUUCGCAGAAGUCACAGCCUGGUACCUGACCGCGCUCGCGCCGCUUGGUUACAGCAAACAGAAGGAAUUCCAUAACCGCAGUGUCGGUUUAGGUCCGGACAGGUCAAACAUCGUUUUCUUUAUUACCGCCAAGGAGGAUGCAGAAGCAGCUGCUACUCAUGUCGCGUUCCGGUGUACAGAUAGAAAGACGGUGGAAGAAUUCCAUGAAGAGGCGGUGAAAGCAGGUGGGAAAGACAAUGGAAAGCCGGGAUGGAGGCACCAGUACCAUGCCAAGUACUAUGCCGCCUUUGUGAUGGAUCCUGUCGGGAACAAUGUAGAAGUCGUGGAUCAUGAUGUUCCGCGGUAG